AUGUAUCUGGAUGAUGACGAGAAAGCGAAGCGGGACGGAUUUGACGGUCGGUUAAACGGACGGGACUGUUGGAAUCGGAUAGUGCAUCCUGUUACUCGCGGGGAGGCCGCCCAGCGAGUAAUGCAUGAAGAGUCGGGCUCAUAUGUGGGAAUCCCUCAACGACCUCUUGCUCAUCUCGAUCGUCACUCCAAGUUUGCCCGCUACGAUCCCAUCCUACUUUCGUAUUACGAAGCCGUCAUCUGCAGUACGUCGACACUGCUUGAUGACGAGAAGAACAAUCCCUACAGACAUGUGCUUCUACCGAUGGCUUUACAAUCUCCUGGCAUUUACCACGCGACACUGGCCAUAUCAGCGCACACACUUUGCCUAGCUCGAUCUGAAUAUGCCGUGAUAGCCCUCGAACACCGACAGCAAGCCUUGAAAAGGUUGAUUACUAUUUUGAGUCGCGAGGAAUGCGAUGACAGCGAGAUGGAUGAAGUCCUUGGACUGGUUCUGAUGCUUUGUUGGUUUGAGAUCUCAGAUGGUUGUAACCCUUCCUGGGUCACCCACCUGAAAGGCUUCCGCACUCUGCUCCACCGCCACAGACGAACUUCUGCAAAUGGCUCACUGCAUAGUCUGAGCUUGAAGCAAUUCUUCGUUCGAUAUUUUGACUUUCAUCUAGUUCUUGCCAAAACUGCCUUCCGAGUUGACGAAGAAGAAUCGACUGCAAAGCUACCCCAACCUCCGGUGAUCAGGAGUGGUCUUCUAUUCGCCUCUUGCGAAACAGACGAAUCUAUUGAUUCAAAUCCGGUGACCCGAGAAUCCGACGAUACCCAUAACUUGUCUUCGUCAACGGCCCUCCUUUCCUUGCACAUGCCCCUAGAUUCGAUGGAUGACAUUGAUCCCUACAUGGGCUUCAGCAAUAGCCUCCUUCUCUUGAUCAACGAGAUAACGGAGCUUGGCCCCAUGGCCACUAGACUUUGCAAUCAGCCAACGGUCACGAGCCAUGCGCGUCGACUCAAGGCCAGCCUAGAGAACCUUGAUCAACGCCCACCUGACGUUUUGGCCUUUAGUUCCAAUUCCAAGCUCGGCACGAGCAGACGUGCCUUUGUCACCACAGCGGAGACCUACCGGCUUGGUGCGUUUGUACUGCUUCACGAGAUACUUUGGCGAUCGUAUCCUGCAGCAUCGGCGGCAAGUCACGUCAUCACCAUCGCCGAGCGAGACGAAGCCAUCCGAUCCAUCCUGAAACUAGUUGACACUCACCACAAAGACAUGAUCAACACGGCGACCUUGCCACUAUGGCCAUUGUUUUUGGCAGGCUGUUGUGUCGAUCUAGAGGAAGACAGGAUGACGGUAUUGAGGUUGUUCGAGAUCAUUGAGCAACGCAAACGUUUUGGCAAUGUCCCACCCGCCCGUAAGGUCAUGGAGAUGGUCUGGCGACAACGCGACCUGGGGCGAGACGGCCGACGGCCGGCUCGAAGGAAGAAUGUGGAACAAUAUGAAUGGGAGCGGGCUUCAACUCUUUUAGGGGGGUGGAAAAUCAGUUUAACGUGA